UUUUCUUGUUUCUAUCCUAUAGUUUUCUUGUGAUGGCUAAACUUUGUUGCUAUUGUUGUUAUGAAGAUACUCAAAAAGUAAAGUAUAUUUGUUAUACAAUUGUGUAAUCUUCAACGUCCAUAAAUAUCAUAUCAUCGGUUUUUGUGGAUUUUUAUUCUAGAAGAGUUAAAAGAUAGUGUUUCUUUUUGACUUGGGCCUCUUGGCUUAUAAUCUGCGUUGGGAUUUGGUUGCCCAUUGGUGAUAGGAUGUUGCGUUACUACAAAAUAUUUAUAUUGUUGGUCUCCUAUUGUCCAUUAUUUUACUAAUAUAAGUAUAAGGUAACUGUGUCAUCUGGUCGACCGUUCGCCGAAAGCAGAGAUCGUUCGCUGAAAGAGGUACGUAAAACAUUUUGCGGAAUCGGUAGACUGUUUUGGUGGAAGCGGUCUACCUCCUCCAGCAAGCAAGUGUAAGUUGAAGGUAAGUGUGACACAAGUCGACCCAUUGCCAAAAGUGGUAGACCGCUUGGUGGAAGUGAUACACCAUUUUCUUGGAAAGUGGUUGACCUCGUGGUGGAGGAGUUCGACCACCUAAAGGUAAUUGUGUUAUCAGGUCAACCCAUUAACAGAAGCGGUAGAUCGGUUGACUCAAGUGGUAAACCACUUGGUGGAAGAAGUCGACCAUUUUUUUAGAAAGUGAUCGAUCACUUGGUCGAAGAGGUUGACCACUUGAAUGUAAGUGUGUCAUCAAGUCGACCAAUUUCCAGAAGUGGUAGAUUGAUUGACUCCAGUGGUAGACCACUUGGUGGAAGAGGUCGACCGUUUUCUCCAAGUUACGGUGACUUGCAAGUCACCAUAGACAUAACCAUAUUAUUAUGCAUGCAAUGAUGACAAUACAUCAAUUUAACUAUCACCAAAACCAAACGAUCAUGGGAUAGUUACAAUGCAUGUAUUUUCCAUAAUGCAUUGUUUUUCUGAAUUUUCUGCACAAACAAUUCAUGUAUUGUUUGCUUGGUGUGAGUGAUAGUUAAAUCUCCAGUUUUUUUUAGAUUGUUGGGUUUUUUUCUUUCUUCCAACUAGGUCCCUACCUUUUUAUAUGUGUUGCUUUUUAAAUUAAAAACAAAGAAUAAAGUGACGUUUCACUCAAAAAGUAAUAUACCUUUUUUUAUCGUAGUAAUAUAACUUAUUUGAAUGUUACAACAACUAUCACAAAAACCAAACGAUGUAAACUACAAUACACCAAUUUUCUUAUAUACAUGUAUUAUUAUGCAUGCAUUGAUGACAAUGCAUCAAUUUAACUAUCACCAAAACCAACCGACCCUACAAUAUUCGGAAGUGCAAAACGUAAAAGCAUAAGUUUUAAAACAAACUUUUAACUGAAUUGAAUAUAAUAUUAAGUUAGGUACUAUUAAAAUAAAUUGAAGUCAUUUAAAACCCUUGUUAAGAAAAACUCGAAUCAAGAAUCAAGAGAAUAAUUAAUGGUAGAGUUUUCCUACCUUAUUUUUUGCUAGGGUUAAUAUGUUCAUUUACUCCCUUGUUUUUGCAGACGCGCAUUCAGUAGGCUACUCGAUGAAGUUCUCAACCACAUCCUUUCUCUCGCCAACGACACAGAAACCGCCGCCGUCUCCCGGCGAUGGAACCCCGUUCUCUUCUCACUUCGUCUUCAACGACAAGCCAUUCAUGAUUCAUCUCAUUCCUGCCUGGCCCUCCCCCCCGGCCUCUCCGGCACCUGCAAACCCUAAGACCGACCACGCUCUCAGUCAUGACAAUAGAUUCCGGCGAUGAGGGCGGCAGUCUGCUGAUCUCCGCCGCUCCCCAACUGCCGAAUGCGGAAUCACGAGCGUGGAUGUUCUUGUGGAUUGAUUACCGCUCCUGAAUUGACGAAACCCAGGAGACGAGAUCUCAAUUUCUGCUCCCAAGUUGAACAUUUCCUGUAACUUAAAGGACUCCGGAAGCAAGGCCUGUUCUCCAGUACCAAGAUGUGAUCAACCUGUACUCCACCAUCCUUCUCUCCAAAGGCCGUCAAUCUUCCGCUUGAAUUGCCCAUAACCUGGAGCUGCUGCUACUCUCUCUAAAAUCAUCCUCUUUCUUGGCGUCACAACGGGAAGCAAUUGGCAGGCAGUACCGGCCUCUACAACGUCGCCAAAAGGCCAAAGGUCAAACAAUUGGAAGGUUUGCGUAUUCUUUUUACAAUUUCUGGAAUCGCUUUGCUUGUUAAAUCUCGCUCUGUCUGCCCUUUCCGAUUCUGGUGGGACGCCGGUGGUGUAGCCGGAGAAAUAGAAAUAGCGCGUGACGAUGAAGAAUGCGCCGAGAGUGGUGGCGACGCAGAGAUGCCUUAGCCCCUCACAACACUUUUUUUUUUAUUUAGUCAUAGCAAUUAGCCCUGUUAUUUGUUAAUUCUUCUGGAUUCAACUCUUGUCGUUGCUUUGAGCCUCUCCCAGAGCCUCUGUAUUUCAAAUUAAAUUGGCUUUGGUUCCCAGUUUCCGAUCAUCGGUGCUCUACUCUCCAACACCGACAAGGUUCCGAUGGAUACCUCUCUCCGACCGGCAUUUAUGAUGGGCUCUACGAUUACGGUAAUUUUUGAAUAAUUUAACCUUUUACCUAAUUAUUGGCAUGGAACUAAAUGCAAUUUCCGUUCCUUUGCUAUGAAUCAAUUUGGAGGUAUUAUUCCUCAAUUUCUCUCUCUAUUCAAUAGACUCAGAGACCCUUUUUCUUGGCUCAGUUUCCGUUGUUUUGUUGCCCUCUUUAAGAUGCUAAUUGUGUCGGUUUUUUCUAAGUAAUCUCUUUUUAUUGUCUUUUGUUUCCCUCUUUUGUGGGCUAAUUAUUCAUCAUCUGUCUUUUUCAAUUCCGUUUGAUUUAACUUAUGAGUGUGAUUUUAUUGUCUAUUUCUCAUUGAUUCCAAUUAUUAUAGAAUUCCUUUAAUUCCAUGACAAUUAUGCUUAAUGCAUCUUUCUCUUUUUAGUUUUGAAUAAGUUUAUACCAAUUAGGACAGUAAUGGAGGACCCUAUCUAAAUUAUUUUCUUUGGUUCGCUUAAUUGUUAUAAUUAUAAUUAAUUGUUGCCCAUCCAUUCGGUGUAAUUGUGGCUUAUGUGCAUUAGAUUGACCAUUUACCAAUCAGUUUGCAUUACUUUGACUAAUUCUCAGUUUAUUGAGUUUUCUAUUACAAUGUAUUCUUUUUGAACUUUAUUUGCGUUAAGUUUAACCUAUUCAAUUUAAUUAAUUUCUUUCUUAUUAGAUUUAUUGGAUGACUCAUCUAAUGGAGUCAUGGGUGUGGUUUCUCCAGUUAUUCUGAUUAAGUCUUAAUGGUAAACUUUAUUAUCUUUGAUUAGAUAUUUCUAGCAUUUUUGGAUCCCUUUUGGGUUGUCUGCAUUGCAGGAGAAUCUUAUUAUAGUUAAGACACAUUAAGGAAGUGCAAUCGACCUCAUCAGUCUAUCAGUUAAGGUUAUUUGUUCUUGGUAAAUUAUUCAUGGUAUUAAUGAUGUCUAUUAGAUGGUGACUUACUCAUAAUGCUUUGGCAUUUUAUUUUGAGAAAAUUCUCAAUUGGCCAUCACAGAUGCUUCAGAGAGGAAGUCUUCCCAUUCGAGCGCUGACUCCAUAUGAGGGAAGUGUUUCUCUCCCUCUUCUCACUCCCUGUGUCAGUUUCGUGUCAUUUUGCUCCCCGGAGUUUUCAUAGAGCUGCCCACCUCGUGGCAUAACAGGCUCUUUCAUCGGGAGUCCAGUUGCAUACGUACUACCGUUCUUUAUUAUUUUGAGUUUUAUAUUGUUGUUAUCCGGCCAUGCCCUAGGGGCUUAUCUUGGAUAAAAAAAAAACUGGCUUCUGAUUGACGGAGUUCCUCCAUUCCUAAAUUUCCCUUUUGAGCUAGGUAAUUUUUUUCUUUUUUUUUCACCUUUUGUUCAUUUGUGGUCUGUGGACGAUUGGUAGUGGUGAAUUUUGUUGUGCUGUAGCAACUGUUCUUUUUUUCUUAGUGUUCUUUCAUUUUCAUCUUCUAAUUUAAUAGAUUCUAGGCUAUAAACUAGAACAAUUUUUCUCACAAAAAAAUUAGUUUUUUUUUCGAAAUUUUUUUAUUUUUAGGGUUUACCUUCUAUUCUCAAUUUUUUUUUAAUUUAUGUGCCUUCUUUUGUUCCCAAUGGGUUCAUAGAAAUUACUAUAUAUCCAAUUAUAAUUUAUUGUAUUAUUUUAACUAUUAUACCAAUUGUAGACUUUUUGAAUUUUAGGGAUUAUGUGUUACUUUUGGUAAGGAUGGUUAAUGAUUUGGAAAUUGACACGAAGUUAGGAAUUAAAGUGCACGGGAUAAAUUUUUUGUUGAUUUUAUGACACUCUUAAAGUUUAUUUCACUUCAAAUUUUGAAAUAAUGGAGUAUUGAAAUAAAGAAAAAGAGCACUCAAAUUAGUUAUGUACUGCACAAUCAAUCAUGCAAGGUUUGUUUGGAGGUGGAAUUUGAGAGGAUAUUUAGCCAAUACAUGUAUUAUUGAGAAGAAGUCAUUUUUGUUUUAUUUUGAGCCACCAUUCAUAUAUUGACUUUGUGAAGAACACAUCUAAUAUUUCAAAAUGAAGUGUUAUCAAUGUAAAAAAAAAAAAGUGAGGUUGUCUCUUUGAACUUAAAAUGUGUUGGUUUAAUUUGUUCUUUACAAAAAAUAAUACCUCAACUUACAAAUAGUCUAUGUUUUUCAAUUUUAUUUUGAAACAAUACAUAUAAUAUGAAUACAUAAAUCGAAUAAAUGCAUCAAUUUAAA